GGUAGGUUCCAAUCAGUCCACAAGUCAAAUGGCGGGCUCGCAGUUCAGUCCGUUGACCCCAUGCGGCAGGGAGCUACUAGAGCUCCAACAAGUCGAGAGGAUCCGCGCUCGGUUAGAGAGGGAACUAAAGCAAGCUACCGAUAGAGAAAGAGAAAUUAAAAAUAGAACAGCCAGGCUUGAUACGUUAGAGGCAGACAAAGCUGCAUUAGAGGAGUUAGAUGAGUUAGCAAUGAUUGACGCUAUGAAAGUGUUAAAGUCCAGCAUACUGUCAUUGCAUGCGCAUGUGGACAACAGACUGAAUUUCAUGCAGAACUCCUUGGACCAAAUCUUGGACCUUUUGCAAAGGCCAGGAUUACGGCCAGCAGCACAGUCGCCGUUGCCGUUAACGGCGAUGUCAGGCCCUUUUCCGGUACAAGCGGGCACACAGCCAAGUGGUACGUCUGCAGCAGCCGCACAGACUAUUGCUUCUUCUUCUUCUGGUCCAGCGGCUGGAGCUAUACCACAGCCGCAACAAACUGUUCCACCACAGAGACAACAGCAAAGUCCAUGGUACCCAAAGACCCCAAUGAAACCGCCCCUUGCCUUCUCCGGUGAGAAGAAGGACGAGGAACUCAACACUUGGUUGAGAACAGUUCCAAUGUGGGUAAGGGCAAAGAGGACGUUGCAGGAGGAGGAGGUGAUUACUGCUGCAUCUUACCUUGAGGGUAAGGCAGCCAAAUGGCUAGAUGGGAUAGUAGCGAAGGCCGGGUUUGGACGACGUAUGGCAGAUUGGGGUAAAACCCUCACUUUAGAGGAGUUCUUGGACAUGGUAGAAGCUCGCUGGCAUAAUCCACAGCAGACACUAAUUGCCACUGACGCGAUGUUGAGACUGGACCAGCGUAGGUACAAGGAUGUCCGGUUUACCAGCGAGUUGUGGAAGGUCGCUGCCGCAGAGCAGGGCACUCAGUUGCAGAUGACUUUUGGGAAUCACCCAGAGGCCAAUGGACAGGCUGAGCAACUGAAUCGCGCUGUACAAGACCUGUUGAGGCACUACAUCAAGCCCAACCAGGUGGACUGGGAUGAGAAGCUUGCUCUCAUCGCCAGCUUGUACAACAACGCUGUACACAGUGCCACCGGGGUGAGCCCAAACAGCUUACUGCUAACUUUCAAGCCUAGACUGCCCUUAGACUUUCUUCUUCCUGAGAAUCAGACCACUGCUGCACCAGGUACCUUAGCAUUUGCUUAUCGAUAUGAACAAAAGAUGCAGCAGGUUGUAGAACAGAUGCAAAAGGCGCAGGCGGCAAUGAUAGAGUCUGAAAAUAGACACCGCCGUCCUUCUACGUUUCAGGUUGGGGACCGAGUCUGGGUUAAGUCUUCAGAACUGGGACAGGAGCACGGGAUUUCCCGCAAACUCAUGCCCCAAUACUUUGGACCCUGGGAAGUGUUGGACAUCGUUGGGACAGAUCCGGAUGGGCCAUCUUAUGUUAUUCGGAUCCCUGGUCAUCUCCGAACUUACCCUGUCUUUCACGCCUCCAAGCUUGCACCUUUCAAGGAAACAGAUGAGUUUCCUUCUCGUCGCUCAAUGCUGCCCCCAACCACGGAUGGAGAAGUGGACAUCGAUGACAUCGUGGAUCACAGGGCAGGACGUCCGAAGCCGAAGCUGCAGUACCGCGUUUGGUUCAGACAUCAUACUGAUCCCAAGGAGGACCGUUGGUUCACGAGGGAAGAACUCAUGCAGACCGCUCCUCAAGUUGUAGCCCAUUAUGAGAAAUCUCUGCAGAAGGGGAAGCGCCCGAUGGUCGAAGACUGAGCUUCUCAGAGGACUGUUGAAGCUAAGGAGGAGGGAAUGCGAGGCCACUGCCACUAUGAGCCCCAUAAG